UGCAGAAGCAGCACUGUAAACUGUAAAUUGUGAAGGUACUUUGGAGAUAUUUCAUUUUUCGUUUUGGCCUAAGAAACAUCAGUAGACGACACUGUACACAAGCUCCCCGAGCUGUCCAAGCCCCGAUAGAACGACCGCCCCUGAUCUACCAUGAGCCGAUUUUCUGGCAAGUCCCGUGCAGGAGCUGGCGCCAAGGGACUUGCCAGCCACGCCUCAACCUCGUUCGGCGCAUUUGCUUCCUCGGGCGGCGGCCGUCUAUCCUAUCUCUUUGAGCCGCCGGACUUCUCCUCCGUCUCCGAUCCGAACAUCGUCGUAUCUCUUAAGAACGUCCUGAAGAAAGACAGCACUACGAAAGCUCGGGCCCUCGAAGACCUGGUUACCUACGUCCAAUCGAUAAAGACCGAUGGCGGGGUCGAAGAAGCAGUACUGGACGCUUGGGUGCAGCUGUACCCGCGCACGGCCAUCGACAACUCGCGCCGAGUCCGGGAGCUCGCACAUAGCCUGCUGGUAGACCUCCUUAAGUCUGGCCGGAAGCGCAUGGAGCGCCGUAUACCAAAGAUUGUUGGGUCAUGGCUGGCGGGAACAUAUGACAAGGAUCGUGUCGUGGCGCGUGCUGCCAGCGAUGGCUUGCAGUCGUUGCUCAGCAACGAGGAGAAACAACUUCUUUUUUGGAAGAAGUGUCAGCCACAGAUUCUGGAAUAUGCAAUUGAGGCUGUACAAGAAACACCGGACUCAUUGAGCGACGAGAGAUCGACGAGCAAGGAUGAUUCGGACGCAAAAUACUACAGGGUUUUGGGCGCGGGGCUGUCCCUUGUCCUGGGCCUGCUACAAAGGUUGAGCGCUGCUGAAAUGCAGCCUCAUCAAGAGAGCUACGACGAAUUCUUUUCACUAGACACUGUCUGGGACUCGGUAAAAUCAGGGGAUUCCUUCGUCCGGCGCCAGUGCUGCCAACUUUUAUGGCUAUCUAUGGAAAAGCAAGAUGCCACCAUUGAGCAACAUAUACCCAAGAUAGCCAAGACUCUUAUAUCUGAUUCUCUCAAGUCAAACCAAGUCGGUUCUGCUUUGGAGCUUGUCAGGAUUCUCACCAGGUUGACUAAGCGGCAUCCAGAGAUAUGGGGCACCAAGAAGCCGCCGCUAUCCAGGUUACGUCCUUUUCUCGAAAAGGGAUCGCAAAGCAGCCCUUCGCCUGGGAAUUUUUGGUCCGCACUUGAUCAGCUCUUUGAUGUCAUGCCAAAGGAAAACAUUGAGCCUAAGGUUGUUGCCGAUGUUCUGAGGUCGGUUAGGACUGGUGUCUCCAACCGUGAUGAACCUCGGAAUGCUGCUGUUGAUGCCUGGUCCUUUUACCUCUCCGUCUGUCGGCGACUGGUGACAGUCACCGAGCCGGCUGAAUCACGCUCUGCUAUUGUCGUCGAAUUUGUACACCCGCUCAUCGAGCAUUACAUUCAGCCUGCCGGCGAUAAGCCCAUUGCGGGACUUGCUGCGCAGCUUGAAAUUGCCACGAAAGCAGUGCAAAUGCUGUCUCUUGUUGAAGACAAGGGAAUUGUUGAUAGCAUACGGGACCUAUGGACGAACGCUGCCCAAAGUCUCGGCACUCGUCUGAUAGAUACUCUUUCCGAGGCACCUCAGGAUUACACAAAGGCACAGAAGUUAUUAGCGGAUGAAGGGACACGCUUCUUUUCUCUGAUAGCUGCCCUGAAAGGAACCUCAAUUUCUAGCCCAAAGACAACCAACAGUGGCACGGCCGUUGAAAUUGCCUCGCCGCCCACUUUAGAGUUGCUCGACGUGGCUUUGGAGACACUCACCAAAGAUGCCUAUCGUCCAUUCGCGGCCGCGUCAAUAUUGGAGUCCGCAUGUACAAAAACGCCGUUUAUCCUAGACGGAGAGCAGGGUGUCUCUCUUGUUAAGGAGCUGUUUCCGACUAGCAGCCCGACGCAAAUGGAGACGAUGCUAUCUUCAGCAUCGGCGCCGUCUAUGAUAUCGUGUCUUCUAUCACUGAAUAGCAUUCAAUCCGUCUCUCCCCAUUUUGAGAAGUACUGGAAAGCAGUUGUUCACUCUCUCCUUGCGCACCCAGACGAGAAUCUUGCUUCCAGGUACUUGACUCGAAUGGUCGCUCAUGUACAAGCUGCUUCGCUUGCUUGUCAGGAGGAGUCACUCCAGAAAUACCUCGGGAGCAGCUGCCUUGGAUGUGCUCAAGGGACAAUGGACAGGUGGGAACUUUUCGAAACAUGCUUCACGUUCGACGUUUUGGCUUCUGAUGUGGCUGGCCAGAUUGCCAAAAACAUUCUGGACCUGUUCAACAACUCUGAACCUGCCACUAUCGAGUCGGCUCUCAAGGCUUUGGACAUCAUCGCUCACAGGAAGCCUGCUCUCCUGUCACAAGAUGAAGAUUUACACUUAGCCCUCGUCACGAAGCUCCUGACCCUCGCCGAAAUCCCCAACGACCGAAUCUCUAGCCAUGCUGCGGGCAUUAGGCUUCUGUUAGAGACACACAACAGCACCGACGGGGGACCUCAGCUGGUGAGGAUUAUCCAAGAGAACCUCGAAACAGCCGGGCCAGCUUCGCUUGGGAUCGAGACUUUGGUGCAACAGGCGGCCAAAAUUUCCAAGAUGGCAGACGUCUCGAUGGAGCAGCUUUUCCCAAGCACCACGAUUUGGUUUGAAGAACUUGCACAAUUCCUCCAGGGUAGCCUCGACCCAUCGCUUUCUCUGACCAACAAUCUCGGAGGCGUAUACUUUUUGGCAGCUGCUACAGCACCGGAGCAAUCUCAACCUUCUCAGCGAGACCGUCAAGGCUUGGCUGUGCCUGCUAGAAUGGCAAUCUACACCAAGAGCCUCCUCGAGUCGGGAUUCAAGAUCGAUAUGCUACCUGUUGAGUUUCAGGUUGAGCUUUUAUGCUUACUUUACCUUUCUACUCUUGUAGUGUCUGACCAAAUAGUCCUUAUGGAAGAUGACAAGCUCUGGGGCUCGCUUGCCAAGUCAGAAGAUCUGAUGAACGCAGAGGAAUUUGUCACGGCUGCACGAAAUGUCUUGAAAGAGAUGUUAAUGGGCCCGGAAGGCGAGGAUGUGGGAAGCCCGCAUCUUUCUGGACUUUCUGGGAAUCUGAUAAAACUCCUGCUCACGCAAGCAAGGACAUUGUCCCCGCUUGCAAUAUACAGCGCGAGGGCUCUUAGUGAGAUUCUCCAGGCUCUGGCUGAGAAGCAUGGUUUCAAGCCAGCCCAGCAAGAAGAGUGGAUCUCCAGUCUUGAUGUUCUCAAAGCGACGCCCGCCACAGUAUUGCCUUGUGCCGCCAUACUUGCUGGAUACAGGGAGCUCCUUGCGUCUUCCAGAACAAUCAACACUCUGUUAAACCGUCUUAUCAGUGAUGUUGCCGGCUCUAAUGCUGACUCAUUGCAGACCUUGUUGACGCUGAUCCUCCUUGAUGCCUGCUUAACAGUCUACGGGGCUGAUGCGUUGCCCGUCGCUAACAACCGGCUGGUCUUCGCCAUCAAGCAAAUCACGUCGUGGUUCGAAACUCCGGAAACGGUAGGGAGCAAGACUGCUACAGAGACAUGCCGUGUUUUGACGCGCCUUUUGCCGAACAUCAAAGAUGUGUACGGAUCGUACUGGGAAAAAACGCUGGAUUUCUGCAAGCACCUCGGGGAUAGAGCAGGCAAGGAGGCCGAGAACCGGAGACUGCCCUACGUUCAUGCGUCACUAAAGCUCAUCAGUGCACUGGAAUCCUUGGACGAGCCAAACGAUGAUCUUGAGGAUGCUAUGCAAGCCUUUUCGGAACACAAGAGAAAGCACCUGAUAGGUCUCCUUCAACUACAGGAGAGCUCUACAUCGCAACCUGCGGAGAUAGUCAACUCUUUACUUUGCAGACAAGUCGAUUCUUUGCCUCCAGGAGACAUUUCUGAACUUGGGGAUGUCUAUGGGUUGGUUGAUUCAGUCUCUCGAGAUGUGCAGAGUGCUGCAUUUAACCUUCUCCAUCGAGCUAUACCGCGGGCACAAGAGAAACUCUCGGUGGAUAUUGUGCUGGAAAAGAGUGAUGUUCGACUACCCGACGAGCUCUUGUCUCUUCUUCUUGAUCCUCCAACGCUCGAGGCUUUCCACGAUGAGCUCAUUGCAGGAUUUCCGACCCCAGUCCGAAGCUACUUCCUAGCCUGGCACCUCAUCUUUGAUGCGUUUUCUGCUGCCUCAUUUCCGCUGCGCAAUGCAUACACCGAGAAUCUUAAAGCAACCAACUCCCUGGAACCGAUGCUCAACUUUACGUUCGAUGUCCUUGGUCACUCGGCCGCGCAUCCGCUCAAUUUGAACCAGGCCCAUCUUGCAGAUAGCAUUUCAUCGUACGAUCUACAAACGGCCGAGACUGAACCAGACGAGCGAGCAAUGCAGUGGCUGCUUGUUCAUGUGUACUACCUCGCUCUCAAAUACCUUCCGGGGCUGGUCAAGGGGUGGUACAUCAAUUGCAGGUCUAAACAAACGCGCAUCGCGGUUGAGAGCUGGACCACGCGCUACUUCUCGCCUGUCAUCAUCUCUCAAACUUUAGACGAUGUUGCCAAGUGGGCAGACGAGCAAGAGCCCCCCGCCGAAGACGAGAAGGAGCUCAUCAUCAAGGCCAGCAAGCUCUCACGGGAAGUCAUUGUCGGCUACGAGGUUGACGAUCUUCAGGCAUCGAUAUCGAUCCGACUUCCCCCAGCUUACCCUCUUGAGCCGGUCUCGGUGGCCAGCGUCAAUCGCGUGGCGGUCAACGAGAAGAAGUGGCAGAGCUGGCUGAUGACGACGCAGGGAGUUAUUACCUUCAGCAACGGCAGCAUCGUGGACGGAAUCGCGACUUUCAGACGGAACGUUAUCGGGGCCAUGAAGGGCCAGACCGAGUGCGCCAUCUGCUACAGCAUCAUUUCGACCGACCGCCGGGUGCCAGACAAGAGGUGCGGGACUUGCAAGAACCUGUUCCACCGGGGCUGCCUGUACCAGUGGUUCCAGACCAGCAACCAGAACACAUGUCCGCUAUGCAGGAACCCCAUCGACUACCUUGGGGCUCCGGCGCGGAGGGACCAGAGCUGGGUGGACUAGAACGGAACGAUGCUUUACGAGUUGCUUCUCGCUCCAAAUUCGGUGAUGAGAUUGGGACUGAUGUUGCUUCCUUAGUGGUCAGCAAUGGCUAGAUAGAUAUGGAAGGAGCUGAAUGCAAAUUCUGGACACGCCAACCUGUCGAUAAUAAUGAUCCACUUUGACCCGGUUUACUUUGUUCCUGCUGGGUAGUCUGGGUUAUGUGACAUUUGUAGCAGAACUAUCUAUCAUUCGUAUCUCAUCGAAGGCCAAGUCAACUCAGAGAAUGAUAGCACCACAUCAUGAGCCUAAGCGACAAGAGAAAGUCGGGACGCCACAAUGAAUGUAGACACCACCGGGUCAGUUUCGUGUGUGGGUGUGCAGUCUACACACAUGGUAAGUCACACGAUGGAUUCCCGC